GCGGGGAAAUUAACGAGACAUCAAAUGGAAGUGGACGUAGGCGUGGAAAAGAGCGCUUAGCCAAUGGAACGAGGGGGCACCGGAAGUGGAGGAAGCGCACGUGGAUGCUGCCUGCCGAGGGUUGCAAUGGGCAGGUGGAAACAGCGGACCCCGAAGAUGCCUUCUGCUGUUCCAGGGGAUAGACAAACAAACAAGAAGAAAACCAAAUGCCUGGAUGAACAAGAAAUUCCGUUUCGGUUGCGGGAAAUAAUGAAGAGCCGUGAUGAAUUAAAGAACCCUAAGAGCAAGAAGAAAAAGAAAAAGGCAAGCCAACAGAGGCUGGAAGGUGACAUUCCAGUACCAAAAUUCAAGCGGCGGAAAGGGGAGGCCGAAUCUUCCUAUGUUGGGCGCAUGGAGCGGGAAACUCAACAUGUACUGUUCCUCACCAAAAACCAGCUACAGCGUGAACCUGAGAAAGAAGAGCCAGCCCCCCAAAAGUCUCAGAAGAAAAAAGAAUUUCAGCAGAAGAAGCUGGAUAAAAUCCGUAAGCAAAAGGAGGAGAAAAAAGCAGCAAUGCUGGAGAAAGACUUCUUCAGAGACUCUGUGAAGUUUGGAGAGGUUGCAGUACAGCCCCCAACACUUACAGCAAAGCCCAGGAAGAGUGUUAUCAAAGACAAGGCUGGCCAGAGGCCACUUCUCCUAAUGUCUCUCUUGGGCUCUGGCAGGACAACCUCCACUUCAAAAGCUGCCCAUCCCUCUCUUGCUCGCCAGAGGAUCAUGCAGGAGGAAAGAGAAAGGGUUGUUCAAGCCUACCGGGAGAUAAAGAAACGUAAGCAGCAGCAACAGCUAUUGGCUGAGAGUCAGGUUGCUAUCAACAAACUAAAGAAGCCAGUCUGAGAUGUCAGAAGACUUCCACUCUUCCAGAAAACAUUUUAAUACAAGGACAGUGCAGCAACCCAGACUGCCAUGCAUAUAAAUGGUCCUCUUUUGGAUGAGCGCAUCAAGACAUUUGGGCCAGCAGAUUGACUAGUUUCGUAUGUGAUGGGCAGUCGGUAGUAGGAGGCUACUCCCUGAAGCAGCGUGAAGUGUAUUCACAAUGCAUUUUUCUUCGCCUAGCUUUGGAACUUUGUUCCUAAUCUUAGGGAUUUUGUAAUCUUCUCUUGCUUUCCUCCAGGAUUCAAACUAGAAGGACUAGUAUGGGAGUAGACUCGGAGACAAUUCAACUGAAUAAAUAUAUUUAUAUCAUC